AUGAAUGUCGUGAUGAAAUUUUGGUGGUGGCCACUCUCAUCGCCCAAUAAUUUUGAAAAUUUACAAAAAUUAAUAAAGAAUAACAUUACUUGCCCGCCAAAUCUGUUCAAUAAAGAUUUAUUCUCGUGGAAGGGAAAUGUAUUUAGAAGAGCGAUCACUUUGGCUGACGUCGAUAAUGAUUCUGAUAAUGAAUUGAUUGUCGGUAGUCUCGAGGGUAACCUAACUAUCUUUAAAGGUACCGAGAAAUCACCUUGGAAAGUAGCAAAUAAUUUAGGUUCUAUUGUUGGUAUAGCAGUUGGUGAUUUAUUAUCUUGUAAUAAAAAUCUUUUAGUUGUUAUUUCAUCAGAAGGUGUUUGUAAUAUAUAUAAUGUACAUAGUGAUGAUAUCGGUGGUAAAGAAUUGAUACCUACGAUAUCACAAAGACUACCACCCAAUGCCUCUGCUAUUCUGAUAGGUGAUAUCGAUCAUGAUGGCAAGAAUGAAUUGAUCAUUGGAACAUACGAUCAUACUCUAUAUUCAUUUAGUUUAGUAUUAUCAUCGAAUCAACAACAACAACAACAAGAAUCAGAACAUCAAUCAAAUAAUAAUAAUUAUAAUAACAAUAACAAUAACAAUGAACAACAAAGCAAUCAUGAUCAUAAUGAUAAUAAAACAAAUAAUAACAAUAGUGAAGGUAAUAAUAACAAAGAAUAUACAUUGUUUUCGUGUCGGCAAGGGUGUCGUCUGGAAGAUGGAGGUCGACGAGAUGACCAGUGGUCAGCUGAUUGCGCUCUACUCGGUGGCGUUGCGCGACGACGACGACUACUACAUCGUGGCGUGCGGCUGGGACGGACUGACGAUGGUCAUCGACAAAGACCGCAAUCAAGUGCAAUACAAGUUUGGCGACCGUGUCUGUGCAUUCUACAGCGGCAACUACACACUGUGCCGCGGUGGACAAUCUACCACCUGCUUCGUAUACGUAACGUUCUUUGGAGAGAUUCACCUCUAUUACAAUCUCAACAUUCAGUUGCAACCGACUCACAGUCUGCAAUGGCUCACCAAAGAACACGUGGAAAUGGUCAAGACACUGAGUGA